AGUUGCUCGUUGUAGCUGCUCUUCCUGCUGUUAUGUAGCGCAGCUAAAAUAACCAUAACGUUCGAUGUGUUUAUUAAACAAAACAACACUUAACCUUUAUUAAUUCGGCAAAUUGUGAAGAUUUACAAUUCUCCCUGGAUUAUGGGGGACAAGGCAGGCACCCGGGUAUUCAAGAAGUCCAGUCCGAAUUGCAAGAUUACUGUAUACUUGGGGAAAAGGGAUUUUGUGGAUCACUUAGAUCAGGUGGAUCCUGUAGAUGGAGUAAUACUGGUAGACCCUGAAUAUCUUAAAGACCGAAAAGUGUUUGUAACGUUAACCUGUGCCUUCCGUUAUGGACGGGAGGAUCUGGACGUCCUUGGACUUUCCUUCCGGAAAGAUCUUUACAUAUCCACUUUUCAGGCUUUCCCACCUAUAGCAGAAGAGCGCAAGCCCAACAGUCGACUUCAGGAGAGACUCCUGAAGAAGUUGGGCCAGCAGGCUCAUCCUUUUCACUUUACUAUCCCUCAAAACUUGCCAUGUUCAGUUACCCUGCAGCCUGGUCCUGAAGACACUGGGAAGGCCUGUGGGGUUGAUUACGAGAUAAGAGCUUUCUGUGCCAGGUCUGUGGAGGAGAAGAUUCAUAAACGAAAUUCUGUCAGAUUAGUGAUUCGUAAAGUGCAGUAUGCUCCUGAGAAGCCCGGUCCUCAGCCCAUGGUGGAGACGACACGGAGCUUCCUGAUGUCUGACCGCUCUCUGCAUCUAGAGGCAUCUCUAGAUAAAGAGUUGUAUUAUCACGGGGAGCCGAUCAGCGUGAAUGUUCAUGUCACCAACAACUCAACCAAGACUGUCAAACGAGUCAAAAUAUCAGUGCGGCAGUAUGCCGACAUCUGUCUGUUCAGCACAGCUCAGUACAAAUGUCCAGUGGCUCAGCUUGAGGCAGAUGACCAGGUGUCAUCAAGCUCCACAUUCUGUAAGGUCUACACUCUCACUCCCACACUGAAUAAUAACAGAGAGAAGCGAGGGCUGGCUCUGGAUGGCAAGCUCAAGCAUGAAGAUACCAACCUAGCUUCUAGCACCAUUGUUAAAGACGGAUGUAAUAAGGAGGUUCUUGGAGUUCUGGUGUCAUAUCGAGUCAAGGUUAAGCUGGUCGUCUCCCGUGGAGGACUUUUAAGCAGCUUACUGGAGAGAGACGUCUCAGUGGAGCUCCCGUUCGUUUUAAUGCAUCCUAAACCAAUAGAUGUUCCCACGUCUCGACCAGCCUCAGCUGUGCCAGAGGCAGACCCUCCUAUCGAUACCAACCUCAUAGAGUUUGACACACGUAGCUUCACCCCGGAUGAUGACCUGGUGUUUGAAGAUUUUGCCCGUCUGCGGUUAAAAGGAACCACUGAUGAUAAGGAUGAGGACUGCUGAGCCUUCUUUCCUUCCUCUUGUUCUUUUUUUUUCCCCCCUUCAGCCCAGAAACUUGCAGCAUGAAGAUGAAGAAAAAUCACCAUCUAAUUUACUCGCAAAGAACGGUCUUUCAUAAUGGAUCUUCUUCCCAAAUCAUCUUAUCAUUCCUUUGAUGAAACAGUGUUUUGCCAACAUUUUCCAAACGCCAAAAGGAUCAUUUGAGGAAAGCUGCUGUAACAUAAAGAGCAUUGAACAAAGGAAAAAAAAAUAAGAGAAUUAACCUCCUCCUCUUAUGAGUAAAUAAAGAGCGCAUGUGAUUGUUGUGCCAAGCAUCCCAUGUAGGAAAUCUAGAUGCCACUCAAGCUACAUUGAUGUGCCAGCGAGUGCACAUAGGUCAGUUCAGGUUUAGGGAAAACUGCAGGUCGGCGCUCAUUCUCACUAAAUUAGCUUGUUACAGACGUCAUAAAUUUCUAUGUGUUGCGGGAAACACAGAUCUAACUGUGUUCCUGAUCAUUUCCUUAAGCCCAAAUGCUGAGAAACUGAUACAAAUGCGUUAGGGCGUCUGCUAACAUGCAUUGGACAGAAAUGAUCAUACAUGAAAUGAUCCAGUAUUUUACUAGUAUUACUGCAUUUAAAUCUACUAUAACUGAUCCAAGCUAAAUCUAAAAAUAAAAAUCCGAGUUGAUCGCUGUAGAUUUAUUUUAGAUUUAGAAACUAGGAAUACAAGACUAAGACAACUUACAGACUAUAAGCUUCUGGUAGACUUGGUUUUACGAUCCACGUCUACUCUUCUACUGAUAGUGAUGUACUGUAACUCGGAGGAAUUAAGGCCGUUUGAUAACAGUGAACUUGUUUCUGAUGUAGGCUGCAGUCUAAAGUUCCUUCCUAACAUUUUGACCAACAUUUAUAAAAUGGAUUAUGCGCAGUAUAAAAUAGCGAUUGGGAAAAUCUACAAUGUAUUUGUUGAUUAUUUUCAUUACCAGACUAGAAAGUGGUGCAGCAGGGAGCACUGCUACCUCAUAACUCCAGGUCCAACCCUGAGCUUGUGUUACUGUCUGUGCAGAGUUUUGCAUGUUCUGCACAUGUCUGCAUGAGAUUCCUCCCAGCACCUAAAACAAAGGGGGGUUUGAAUGUGUGUACAUGGUGCACUGUGUUAGACUAGUGUCCUAUGCUGGGUGUGUGCUUAAAUUUGGCCCAACGCUCCUGCAACCCUGACAGGAUAAAACUGUUACGGAUGAUGAAUUAAAAUUAAUUGUAAUUUGAACAAGUAACACAUUAAGCCAUGGACUGAUAUGAUGAACAGCUUAGUUAAGUAAAUACUUGCAUACUCAGAAAUAUGACUUAUUGAACAGUUGUGAUCCUGUACAGUUCAUCAUAACAAAAAAGUCCCUCAUAAAAGCUUAUUGUCAAAUUUUAUAAAAGUGAAUCCCUGCUCUAUUGUUUUGAGAUGUCAGUGACUGAGUGCUGACUCCAUAGACUGAGUCUUGUCUGCCAAAUGUGGCAUCUAGGUGGCCUACAUCAUGCCAACUAUGGGUAGAGGUUAAAUACAAAAAAAAAAAAGAUUUUUGGAAAAGAAAUCCAUAUUGUGUGAGCUUCUUUUUUGUUGUUCUGUGAUAUAUUGAAGUUUAUUUUGAAAUGCCUCAUUAGCUUAAUUUCCACAAGGUGUUUUGACGUUAGUAACUCUGUUAAUAAUCUUAAUUAUUAUGAGUUAUAACACACGUGAUAAAGAAAUUCAUGUAUCGGGCAUGCCAGGCGAAGCACUGUCACACGCACACCUCUUUGCCCUGCAUCAUGAUUUAUAAAGAGUUUACAAACAGUUACACAGUUAAACAUGAUUAAUACUAAUAGGCUGUCUGUUUGUGUUGUCCAUGGCAUACUGUGUCCAACCCUCAGGUACACUGGCUCAUUCCUUCUUCAUUCAGAGAUAUGUGACAGAAUGGGUGCUGAUACGGAGCACGCGUCAGUCCAGCUGUAACGGCCGACUGCGCAUCGGAAGGGUGUUUACAUUUACCACACAGCACCUUCAUUUGUAAAUAAACAUGCUACUUUUGGUGAAAAAAAUUCAUCAUGUCUCAGACAGGGAAAAAAAAAGUAUAAUUGUCUUCAUGUUAAUACAAGUUUAAUAACUGUGACAUGUCAUUCUUUUCCAUUUUCUUUUUUAUUUCAGAAUUUAUUUAAUUUUUUUAAUAAAAUAUAAAAUGCCA